AUGCUCCCGGGCGGCACAUGGGGCUCAGCCCAGGUCCGCAGCCUCGGGACCCUCCCGGUGCCCCGGCAGGGCUGCGCCGGUCCCCCGAGCUCCCUGCGGGGCCGAGCGAGCCUCCCUGGCCGUGCUGCCCCCGCCGACAGGCCCCCUCUCACCCUUCGGCCGGGCGGGGAGGCAGCAAGCACAAAGAGAGGGCUUGAAAAUACCUCCGUGAUCGACAUCGGGCACCACGCGAGGCUUCGGCAGAGCAGAGGUACACAGCUUGCUUCAGACAGUCGUUGUCUCCAGAAAAAUUUCGAAAAUACUUAUUCUGCUAAGCUGCAUUUCCUUCGAAACCUCACUGCAGCGUUUUCUACUGAGGAAACACCCGACAGCUUUUGGCGACAAAAAGAUGUCCCCUCCGACAGCCGCCGACGCUCGCUUCCCGUUUUUCCCCGGAGAGCGCAAACCCAGCCCGGUUUCGCCGCCGCCGCCGCCUUCGCCCGGCGGGACCGCGGCCCAUCCGCAGAGCCUGGGCCGGCCGCUACCGGGGAGGGGCCGCCGCCCGCUCGGUCCUCCGCGGCACCGGAGAGCCAGGCGGGGACAAAUCUGGCUUGUAAAAGAGGGAUCAGCCGCCCCCUCUCCGCCCGUCCAGUUCCGCACGCGCGGGCCGGGAGCGCCCCGGGAGUGGGGACUCAGCUCGGCACCCGGGGCUGCGCUUGGCGCCCAUCGCCCAUCACCCAUUGCCCACCACCCACCACCCAGCCCCCAUCGCCCAGCACACAUCGCCCAUCACCCAUCGCCCAGCCCCCAGCACCCAUCACCCAGCCCCCAGCGCCCAUCGCCCGUCGCCCAGCGCCCAGCGCCCAGCACCCAUCACCCAUCACCCAGCACCCAUCUCCCAUUGCCCAUCUCCCAUCACCCAUCACCCAGCGCCCAUCGCCCAUCACCCAGCGCCCAUCUCCCAUCUCCCAUCACCCAUCACCCAGCGCCCAGCGCCCAUCACCCAUUGCCCAGCGCCCAGCGCCCAUUGCCCAGUGCCCAUUGCCCAGCGCCCAGCGCCCAUCGCCCAGUGCGCAUUGCCCAGCACCCAUCGCCCAUCGCCCAGCGCCCAUCGCCCAGCACCCAUCGCCCAUCGCCCAGCGCCCAUCGCCCAGUGCCCAGUGCCCAUCACCCAUUGCCCGGGCAGUGGGCCCGCUUUGCUGUCCUCUGGAGGCAGGAGGAGAGGAGGUCUUGUUUCACUUUUAA